AAGGAUUGAAGAUUAUAUAAGUACGAUAAUACGAUAGUUUCAUUUUGUGGCGAUUCAUCAGCCUUUGCUAACAACCUUUGAUGCAAAGGAGAAAACAACAAACGUGUUACCAGAUCCAGAAAGAAUUAAUAGGCGUAUUUUCGUUGUGACAAGUAACGCACACUAUCAUUUGAAAUGACCCCAGUGACAAAAAAUUACACCAUAACUGUAUUCGGAGAUUGUCAUCUUUUUAACAGACCAAAUUCCACUUCCAUCGCAUUCUCAUUUGAAGUUGAAUUCAAUUGCACUGUGCUGUAUCUGUUUACUUGUAUCCAGAUUGUUUUAUUUAUAAUUGGAUGUACUGGAAAUGUCAUCGUUCUUUUCUUGAUUCGCCGAUGCAGACAGUUACGAGGUGCACCCGUCCUUCUAUUAGUAAACCUUGCAGUAACCGAUCUUUUCGUCUGUUUAACGUAUUUCCCAUUGUUCAUAUAUGCUACUUUGCAACCUAUUGCAUUUCCGACUUCCCCCUUUCUGCUUUCUACGAAGGCGUAUUUAGUUAUGUUAUUCUUGGAAUUCCAAUCACAAUUAUGUUCAGCCCUGACAAUCGCAUCUAUUAAUUUGGAGAGAUGCUACGUUUUGAUAUACCCACUUAGAGUUCACACUGUCAUCACUUUCAAAAGAAAACUAUUAGUUACAGGAAGUAUCUGGGUGAUUUCGAUCUUGUGUUCAAUUCAUGUUUUGUUUAUGAUACAAUGGAUUAUGUUUUUGAAUGAUGAGUUUGACUUGUGGCAACCUUUAACACAAUUUAUAAUUCCGGCAAUCAUCGUAGUAGUAUCUUGUGUCAUUACAUCUGUAACACUUGUUAAAAGAAUACAGAGUAAUCGUUUACAAGAGUCCAGCCAAAGUAACAUGUCUACAAAAAAUCCAAAAAAGGCUCUUAAAACGGUGACCAUCGUGGCUGUUGUCUUUCUGUUCAUGACGUCACCGAGUGCACUUUCUCGUUUUUGGAUGACGGCAGAUUUCAGCAAAAAAUUUCGUUAUUUCUGGCCCAGUAUUGAAUCGGAGCUCGUGUGGUACAUAACUAAUCUACUUAGAGUAUCUAAUAGCUGCAUUAAUCCAUUCAUUUAUGCGCUCAUGUCCAGUAAUUUUCGAUCGGCCAUCAAAUCAACAUUCUGCUGUAAAACAGCUUUGACAAACAGGCAAAAUUCUGCUUUGAACCCUAGAAGUCGAACUUUGCAAAACAGAGUUUAAAAACAAACAAGACCAAUCUUUACUAUAGGCUGCAUUUACACCGGAUCCGAACCCAAUUCGGCCGCGUUCGAUGUGCUGAUCCGAUUUUCUGGUCGGUUCGCUACAGUGGUCCCUAUGGCCUAUUAACGUUUCUUUGAUUGCUGGUCCCUAAUAUUGUGGUCUAAAAGCACAAUUCGGGACACACAAAGCCAUAAAAACCACCUAAAAACUCUCUCCGUGAACCCUACCUAGGAUUUUUUAUUCCAGGACCGGGGCCGAAGCUCUAGUCGGCCCAACAAUGGAAUUUUGAUUAUAAUACUGCUACAGUGUUAUAGUGUAGUGUUAUAUUUAUAUUGUGUUUUGUAAUUAAUAAUCCAGGCCGGUAGAAACG